GCCUCAGAGACUCAGAUGCUGAACAUAAGCUACAGGAAGAACUCCCAGGAGGUUGACUUGACUUGAGAUCCACCAGGGAACCUUGAGGAUAAGGAUGAAUUCUGAAGAUUGUUCCAUAACAGAGAAGAGCUCUCUGAAUCUGGAGAAAGGACAAAAAAGAAAUGCCACCAGCCUCCAUUAUGAAACACAUCAUGAAGGGUCUCUUCAAGUUCCUAUUCCAUGUGCUGUAAUGAAUGUGGUCUUCAUCACCAUUUUAAUCAUAGCUCUCGUCGCCUUAUCAGUGGGCCAAUAUAAUUGUCCAGGGCAAUAUAAGUUCCCAGUGCCUUCAGACACCCAUAAUUCUUCAUGCUCAGAAGAGUGGGUUGUGUACCAGAGGAAAUGCUACUUUAUUUCCACCACAACAAAGAGCUGGAUUUUGGCAAAAAACUCUUGUUCCAAAGAUGGUGCUACUCUUGCUGUCAUUGAAUCUGAAAAGGACAUGAACUUCCUGAAACGAUAUGUGGGAGGAGCUGAACACUGGAUUGGGCUGAACAAUGAAGAUGGUCAGAAAUGGAAAUGGUCAGAUGGCAGAGUUCACAACUGGUUCAACCUGACAGGGUCUGAGAAGUGUGCAUUUCUGAACAGCACAGAUAUCAGCAGUGCAGAAUGUGAGAGGAAUUUACCCUGGGUCUGCAGCAAACCCUUCAGAUAAUGAGCAAGCAUAUUCACUCAAACCAUUGUUGCUGGAACUAAAGGAAAGUUGUGUCAAAUGAUGCUACUUUGUGUCAGAAAUGUCCACAAAGACAUGGUGAACAAACUUUUAUAAAUAUGUCUUUGGAACAAAAUGGAGAGAAAUUCCAGGAAAAAUCUGCAUUGUGGACUCCUUCUUCUGUGAGCUGAAAAUAUUGCAGGUUGAUUGACAGUCAUGUCCCAAGAAUAAGAAGAAUGACUAUUAAACUUUUCAAAUGCACUUUAUGUACUCAAGUCCAGAAGUAACAAUAGGUUAGGAAUUAUUAUUUAUUGUUGAAUGACUACGAACAAUGAGUGUCCUUCCUGCAUUUGCGCUGCUUGAAAAAGCUGAUGGUGGAGGCAAAAGGUGAAUGUAAACAAAUGGAAUUUUGACUAGGAAUGGAUAUUUGGUAUAAAUGAAUUUCUUAAACUUAGCAUUUAUAAGUGAACAUGUUUAUGAAACUAAACUGUGUAAUAUUUUCCUCUGUUCGGAGGCCUUUGCCAGGUUACUUUGUCAUAUUUAUCCCCAAAAGAAUAGCAUUUGUCUUUCUUUUUUUUUUUUUUAAACUUCCUCAAUUGUAGGCAGGUCUUUGUCAAUGGUACAAAUUUCUUUGCCUUUAAAAUUAUUCACAUGGUGUUUUUUGAAGAAAAGAAAAAAACAAAAACUAUGAAGAAUAUUUGAAAAACAGACAAAAAUGUUGAAAAAUGUGCAAUAUAAGGGGUGGCAAAUCUCUAUCAGUAAAUACUCUGUAUUUUUCAAACUUGGAAUAAUACUAGUCUCUUCUGGUAAUAAGAUUGUGCCUUUCCUAAUCAGCUUUGUCAUGUGCACUACUUCAUGUGAAGCAUUUUCUGUGCAAUGAAGUAUGUUUGUUUGUUUGUAUUUUGUGUUCAGCACAAUUAUAAGCUCCUUUGUUGUAUGUGAAAAUAAAAAUAGAAUCAACA